GCAGCGUGACUGGCGGCCGCCGCAGCGAGCUCCGGAGGCGCGGGCCGAGCGAGCGCGCAGAGCCGGGAGGCGGCGGCUGGUGGCGUCGGCCGCGUGGUCCUCCUCCGCGCCCCUCCCCUGGCGCUCGCGCUGCCUGCGCCCGGGAAGCCGCCGCUGCUCGCUGCUGGCUGGCGCGGGGACCGGCGCGGACGCGGGGGCGAAGGGAGCGCGGACGGCACAGCUGCCCAGGAGUCGCCGAGGGGACCCCGGCCUGAGCGCAUCCAAGUGAGGGCUGCACCCGGUCAGCCACAGCCUCGGGAGCCUCCCCUCCUGCUCCCCACUGCACGCGCCGUACAGCCAUGAACACCAACGACGCCAAGGAGUACCUGGCCCGGAGGGACAUUCCUCAGCUUUUUGAGAGCCUGCUGAAUGGCUUGAUGUGUUCCAAGCCAGAAGACCCUGUAGAGUACUUGGAAACGUGUUUACAGAAAGUCAAAGAGCUAGGAGGCUGUGACAAGAUCAAAUGGGACACAUUCGUCAGCCAGGAAAAGAAGACGCUACCACCGCUAAACGGAGGACAGUCGCGAAGAUCCUUCCUCCGAAAUGUCAUGCCUGAAAAUUCAAACUUUCCAUAUCGGCGGUAUGACCGGCUCCCUCCAAUCCACCAGUUUUCCAUAGAGAGCGACACGGACCUGUCCGAGACCGCGGAGCUGAUAGAAGAGUAUGACGUUUUUGACCCGACUAGACCUCGGCCGAAAAUCAUUCUUGUCAUAGGUGGUCCAGGGAGUGGAAAGGGUACUCAGAGUUUGAAAAUCGCAGAGCGGUAUGGAUUCCAGUACAUUUCCGUGGGAGAAUUAUUGAGGAAGAAAAUCCACAGUGCCAGCAGCAACAGAAAAUGGAGUCUGAUCGCCAAGAUAAUCACCAACGGGGAGCUGGCCCCACAGGAGACAACAAUUACGGAGAUAAAACAAAAACUGAUGCAAAUACCGGAUGAAGAAGGCGUUGUUAUUGAUGGAUUCCCAAGAGAUGUUGCCCAGGCUCUGUCUUUUGAGGACCAGAUCUGCACCCCUGACCUGGUGGUGUUCCUGGCUUGUGCCAACCAUAGGCUCAAGGAAAGAUUACAGAAGCGUGCGGAGCAGCAGGGGCGGCCAGAUGACAACCUGAAAGCUACCCAGAGGAGACUAGUGAACUUCAAGCAGAACGCCACCCCGCUAGUGAAGUACUUCCAGGAGAAGGGGCUCAUCAUGACUUUUGAUGCUGACCGAGAUGAAGAUGCAGUGUUCCAUGACAUCAGCAUGGCUGUCGACAACAAGUUGUUUCCAAACAAAGAGGCUCCGACGGAUUCAAGUGACCUUGACCCUUCUGUGAUGUUUGAUGCUGGAGAGGUUAUUGACACAGGAUCAGAUUAUGAUAACCAGGACGAUGAUCAGCUAAAUGUAUUUGGAGAAGACACCGUGGGAGGCUUCAUGGAGGAUUUGAGGAAGUGUAAAAUUAUUUUCUUGAUGGGUGGCCCAGGCUCUGGCAAAGGCACCCAGUGUGAGAAGCUAGCAGAAAAAUAUGGAUUUACCCAUCUCUCCACGGGUGAGCUCCUGCGCAGGGAACUAACCUCAGAGUCAGAAAGAAGCAAACUGAUCCGUGACAUCAUGGAGCGUGGAGACCUAGUGCCCUCGGGUGUCGUCCUGGAACUGCUGAAGGAGUCCAUGGUGGCCAGCCUGGGCAACACCAAGGGCUUCCUGAUUGACGGCUACCCCCGGGAAGUGAAGCAAGGGGAAGAGUUUGGACGAAGGAUCGGAGAGCCACACCUGGUGAUCUGCAUGGAGUGCUCGGCAGACACCAUGACUGACCGCCUUCUGCAGCGAAGCCAGGGCAGCCAGCAUGGGGACGACAGCGCCAAGAGCAUUGCCAAGCGCCUGGAGGCCUACCACCGAGCAGCCAUCCCUGUCAUUGCCUACUACGAGACGAAAACACAGCUCCAGAAGGUAAACGCAGAGGGAACACCAGAUCAAGUUUUUCUUCAGCUCUGCACAGCUAUUGACUCUGUUUUCUGAAGGAGAAAAUGCACGUGUUAAGUGGAAACAGAAACACACGCAAUUCACGCUUCACACGUUCUGUUUUGUCCUCAUCCGCAACCAUCCUAGCUGGCCGCUUCCUCCCCGGCUCAUCUCCUGUGAGAGGCUCUGGAAAGCAUGCAUGGUAUCCGUCGGAUUGUCCACCUUUCUCUCGUGCUGACAACUGUCCCCACUCUGGCACCUGUUUUUGGAUGGAAGGGCAGUGUGGGAUUGGCUUGUUCCAGCUGUGCCCAGGGCCAGCUGGAGUCUCAUCACAGGGCCAUCAUAGCCCUGUCUCCACCACAGCUUCCUCCUUAUGUGGGUUGUUAGCAUGGACAAGCUUGGACACCUCAUCUGGUACUGGCUGCUUCUCCAGUUCCCAUCCAUGUGAGGGCCCAGAGCCCUAGCGGGACUUUUAAAUACCCUAUGGAACACAAGGUACCAACCCAGUAGUACCUGACAGGAAUAUUUCAAAAUAUUGACAUUGUCGAGCUUCUCUUCGAGAGUAAAACUGGACAAUCAGCCCCACUCACUUUUGGGACACUAACUACGUGGAACAGUGUCAUAAAAGCUAACAACUCUGGCCACCUGCACAAGCCGCUCUCCUCUCCACAAGGCAAUUAUGUAAAUUAGUGCCAGAGACCAGAAAUAAUUUAAAAGUAUGAGAGAUGAUUUGUUUCUUCACUCACUGGACAAAACCAACGUGUAGUUUUGAUCUGAGACAAUUACUCCCUGACAUACUGCCAAGUAAAAAGAGAGGAACAAUAUCUCAACCGAUGCUGGGGAGGGCAUGCUAGUACACGGUGUCCGCAGCUCCCGUGUUGUGCCUGUGUCGGGGGCCUGCUCCACGGGUAAAUGCAUCACACCAGUGAAGCGUGGGUGUUUUGUGCUGAGUUGCUGAACUGCAGCUGCUUGUGUCUUCUGAAAUACCUGCAUCUUGCACUCAAUCACUACAACAUUCAGUUUGGUUUGCAUGACUCUUUUCCUCAAUGAGUGAGCAAAUACUGGUGUGUUUCCAGGACACAAGUGUAUUUUUAAAAUCAUCUUUUUCCUCAAAACAUUUAUGUACAAAUGAAAUAAAUGGAAGCCAGGAUGAUUCUUUCUCU